CGCGUUGUUUUUUAAUGAUUCGAUUACUCAUUCUGGCGACUGUUGCAAAUAUUGUAAGAAUUCAUACUCCGGCUGCAGCAAUGUCGUUGGAAGCUGUGGAUUUUGAAGUUUUCGGAACUGUACAAGGCGUAUUCUUUCGAAAGUACACAAAGGAGCAAGCUGACAAGCUCGGUGUGCGAGGGUGGUGCAAGAACACUAGACAAGGAACCGUAGUCGGACACAUGCAGGGGCCUCCGCAAAAGGUGCACCAAAUGGUGAUCUGGCUCAGAUCAACGGGCAGUCCAAACAGUAUUAUCGAUAGAGUGAUCUACAGGAAUGGAAGUGAAAUCGCCGAGUACACUUUCGAAGGUUUCGAAAUUAGGAAAUCUUGAUAUCCAGGAAUCUCGAGAAAAUAUUGUUCCUGUGAGAGAAAUCGGAAUCUUGAAAAUCCUAUGUGGUAUUAAACAGUAUGUUACGACAAUAUAAUUAUUGCUAUAGUUUUGAUAUGUUAUUAAGUAAGUGUUUAUUUAUCUCAAAGUUUUAGAAAUACGUAUCCUACCUGCUAUAAUUCUAGCAAUAAGUCCUUUUAUAAUAUCUGAAACCUUGUUGAUAAUUGUAAAUGGUUCGAGAUUUAUUAUAAUCAUUUCACGUCUAAUUUAUACCAAUAAAGGAUUUACAAAUCCGGAAUAUUUGCAUAUUUAUGUUAUUUAUUAUUUUAAAAAUAUACGGUGAACAUGA